CAGCUGCACCUUGCUCCUGUCCAGAGUGACUCUCAGACUCCCGGGAGAAGGAGGAGGGGGGAGGGGAGGCGGUGUGAGGCCUGUGUGAGGAUCCUGUGCAGACCGGCCCAGGAAUGUGACUGCAGGAAAAGUCACAGGAGAUCAAAAUCAGGGACUCCACCACUAAAACCAGAGACCGCCACAUAGGAACCUCCACACAGAGAGACCUACACAUAGAGAACGCCACAUAGGGACUUCCACAUAGAGACCUCCACAUAGAGACCUCUACAUAGAGACCUCCACAUAGAGACCUCCACAUAGGGACCUCCACAUAGGGACUUCCACAUAGGGACCUUCACAUAGAGAACGCCACAUAGGGACCUCCACAUAGAGAAUGCCAUAUAGGGACCUCCACAUAGAGACCUCCACAUAGGGACCUCCACAUAGAGACCUCCACAUAGGGACCUCCACAUAGGGACCUCCACAUAGAGACCUUCACAUAGGGACCUCCACAUAGAGACCUCCACAUAGGGACCUCCACAUAGAGACCUCCACAUAGAGACCUCCACAUAGAGACCUCCACAUAGGGACCUCCACAUAGAGACCUCCACAUAGGGCUCUCCACAUAGGGACCUCCACAUAGGGACCUCCACAUAGAGACCUCCACAUAGGGCCCUCCACAUAGGGCUCUCCACAUAGGGACCUCCGUACCAGGGUCUUCUUAUACCUUUCCCCUUCCUGAGCCAUGACUGAUCUGAGGAUCUAGUGACUAUUUCUAGGAUACUCUGCAGGAUCUAGUGACCCUUUUCUUAGGACCCUGUGUGGCAUCUAGUAACCAAUCUUUAGAUCCUCUGUUGGACCUAGUACUCUCUCUUUGGAUCUCCUGUUGGACCUAGUGACCUCUCUUUGGAUCUAGUGACCUCUCUUUGGUUCUCCUGUUGGACCUAAUGACCUCGCUUUGGAUCUAGUGACCUCUCUUUGGAUCUCCUGUUGGACCUAGUGGCCUCUCUUUGGAUCUCCUGUUGGACCUUGUGAUCUCUUUUUGGAUCUCCUGUUGGAUCUAGUGACCUCUCUUUGGAUCUCCUGUUGGACCUAGUGACCUCUCUUAGGAUCUCCCAUUGGAUCUAGUGAUCUUUCUUUGGAUCUCCUUUUGGAUCUCCUAUUGGACCUGUUAACUUCUCUAAGGAUCUCCCGUUGGACCUAUUAACCACCCUGGAUCUCCUGUUGGACCUAGUGACCUCUCUUAGGAUGUGUGGCAUCAAGUGACCUCUCUUGGCAUCUAUUGCUGGAUUUGGUGACCUCUCUAAGGAUCUUAUGCUGGGAUCUGGUUGAUUUUUCUGUCCUACCAUUUCAUUCUCGUUGGGCACCUUGGAAAGGAUCUGUGCUCCCUGAAUAGGAGAUUUCGGAUUUUGUUGUUCUGUCUCUCCGGCCUCAUCUUCUUCUUUUCUGGAAAAUUUUACAGAAUUUUGACUAAUUUUGCUAAGAUGGCGAAGUCGGGUGCUCUGGAUGAGAUUUCGGCGGAGCUGCGGGCACACUGCCCACAGUGCCAGGAGAUGUUCUCAGACCCCCGGGUGCUGCCCUGCCUGCAUACCCUCUGCAUGGACUGCCUGAGCAAGCUGGAGCCCUUCGCCACCAUGGAGAAGGGGCAAAAACGGAGGAGCCUCCUGUGUCCCGUGUGCGAUUCAGAGGUGGCGCUGCCAGCGGGGGGAGUGAAGGAUUUCUUACCCGACAUGCUGGCGCAGACGGAGGUGCUGCGGGAACGGCUGCGGAGCGGAGGGCACCAGAUGCCAUGUGACCUGUGUGCGGAUGGAAAGGGCGAGAGGCGCUGCCAGGAGUGCAAGAUCAACAUGUGCGAGUUCUGCUGCCAGGCGCACAGGCGGCAGAAGAGAACAUCGGCUCAUAGCUUGUUGCUCCUCAGGGACCUUCCUCCCGGCUCCUCGCUCUCUCCGGCGCCGUACUGUUCUCUCCAUCCAUUGGAGGAGCUUGGCUUAUUCUGUGAGGUCUGUGCGGUUCCCUCGUGCCGGGAUUGCGCUCUCCUCAAGCACCAUGGACAUGAGCUGCGCCCCGUGGUGGAGGUGGCGGUGAAGCACAAGGAGCAGCUCCGAGGAGCCUUAAUAAAGUGGGAUCCACAGCUGGAGGGCCUGGAGAAGACUCUGAAUGCCGUAUACAGGGUGGGGGAAGACCUGAGGCAGAGGGCGGAUAUGCUGCGGGAGGAGGUAGAGGUCUUCACUGAGGGGUAUAUACAUGCAAUCCAAGAGCACAGACUCCGCCUCCUGCGUGACAUUGAUGAGGAGGUUAAUCGGAAGGAGCAGGGCUUGAACCUACAGAAAGCUCGGGUCCAUCAGCAACUCUCAGACCUCCGUACCGCCACCAGCUUUACCCGAGGCCUCCUGCACUGUGGGCCCGACCACCAUAUUGUGCGCGCCAAGGUCCUGGCGCUGAGCCGCCUCAAAGAUCUCAGCCAUGGGGAUCGCAGCAAGGCGGAACAAGUGGAGCCCGUCAGUAUCCGAUUCAGUCCGCUGGAAGAGGCGGGGCUGUGCCAAGGUUACCAACUGUACGGUGCAGUGCAGAGAGGAGGGGUCGACCCCGACAGGUGCGAGGUCAAAGGGCAAGGGCUUCACUCCGGGUCCUUGGGGGCUCUAUGUAGCUUCACCCUCAUCUCUAAGAACAACGUGGAGGAGCCGCGGGAACAGCCGAGAGUCACCAUUCUACACAAAGAGUCCGGCAGAGCUCUCCAACCCUCCAUCCAGGAUAACCAUGACGGAUCCUUCCAGAUCUCCUACACCCCCACAGAGGUGGGACAGUUGUCGGUCAGCGUGUGUGUAAAAGGCCGUCACAUCAAGGGAUCCCCCUUUAAUGUGACAGUGAAAGGGACCCUGCGCUCCCACCCCGGUAUCUACCACUGCUGUACGUUCUGCUCCAGUGGAGGACAGAAGGACGCUCGCUGUGGAUGUGGAGGUACAAUGCCAGGGGGGUAUCAGGGCUGCGGACACGGCCACAAGGGUCACCCUGGACAUUCCCAUUGGUCAUGUUGUGGGUCCAUAUUGGAGAAGUCAGAGUGUAGCGGUGUGAAGGACUCGGCCCCCCGGAAUUUACUCAGGACCGUGGCUCUAUGAGAGGAGAUGUUGUCACCUUCUGACACUUGCUGGGCCCAUCAAGCUGUGUCAGGAAAAGAACACAGAAAAAGUCGCGUAGAGCGUCAGAUCUUCUGGGUAGUGAUGAAGCUUGUGGUCCCCAUUUCAACAGACAGAGGACGGGGUUCUGCCUGGAUGAAGAACAUGGCCCCUACUCCAUUUUUUUGGUCAAAGGCUGGACACAGAGGAUGGGGUUCUGCCUGGAUGAACUACACAGUCCCUGCUUCAUUUGUGUGGUCAAAGGCAGGACACAUAGGCAACAGAGGAUGGGGUCCUGCCUGGAUGAAGAACAUGGUCCCUAUUCCAUUUGUGUGGUCACAGAGGACAUGGUUCUACCUGGAUAAAGAACAUGGUCCUUACUCCACUUGGACCAGAGUAUGGCGUUCUGCCUGGAUGAAGAACAUGGUCCCUACUCUAUUUGUGUGGUCAAAAGCAGGACUCUAAUGACACAGAGGACGGGGUUAUGCCUCAAUGAGUCACAACAUCCCCAAUCUCUGUGUGGUCAAAGGCAAGGGAGAGGUUGGGGUUCUGCCUGGA